AUGGACAACAGCAGUGUGGAUACAACAGAUGGGCCAAGCACUGGCACUUCAACCCCUGGCAUUGGACACGUCAAGGUGCCACCAAUCUGGCGCAUCUUCACAGUAGAUGACGCUGUCUGGCUCAUGUGGAUCAUUCUCCUAGGAAUUCCCGCUACCAGUUUUGUCAUGUUGUCGCUCGGUUACUAUCAUCCCUUAUUCUACAAGCUCAUCGGGCCAUGCCUCACGCUGGCCGCUGCUCUCGGUUGGGCUGUGUACCUUUCUCCAGCGUCCAAGGUGGACCUCAGCGGCGACAUUGUUCUCAUUACUGGUGGCGCGACGGGCCUCGGGUUUGAGCUGGCGAGGAAGGUGCUCAAACGCGGCGCAACGGUUGUCGUCCUCUGCCACCACGAGCCUGCUGAGAAGGAACCGGGAGUCAAGUACUACCUGUGCGACGUGUCGGACCGCGCAACAGUGGCACGCGUGGCCAAGGUGGUCCGCGAGGAGGUAGGACACCCGUCCAUUGUCGUGAACAAUGCCGGUGUUGUCAACGGAAAGCUACUCCUCGACCUUACCGAGGAAGAGAUCAAGAACUCCUUCGGUGUCAACGCGAUGGCUGCAUUCUGGGUGACUCAAGAGUACCUUCCUCCCAUAUUGCGCGCCAGGAGAGGCCACAUCGUCAACGUCUCGAGCGUGUUAGGUCUCAUCGGCGUCGCUCAAUGUUCCGAUUAUUGUGCAUCCAAGGCUGCUACAGUCGCAUUCCACCAGAGUCUUCGCAACGAGAUCGACUAUCGCUACGAUGCGUCUGAGGUCCGUACCACCCUCGUUCUUCCCGGUCACAUCUUGACCCGCAUGUUCACCAAGACGAUCCUUCCGAGCUCGUUCUUCCUCCGCCUCCUGACGCCCUCCUUGACGCCAUCUGAGGUCGCAGAUGCGAUUGUUGGAGCAUUGGGUGGAGGGAGAGCCAACACUGUUCUUCGCUUGCCACUGUUUACGCAGUCUGCGCGGCUCCUUAACCCGAGUUCGGCGCUUGUACCCGAUAUCGUGCUCCGACUGAGUCAUUGGGUCUCUGGAGCGGACUGGGCCAUGACUCACUAUGGCCCUCGACCUGACGCUGGACAGCGUCUCGAACUCCAGCGGGCAGCCAAGAAGCAAGCUGACGCGGAGAGGAGAGCAACUUCUGACGCCGAGUUUGACGCAGAGAACUCGCAACCCAAGGGCUCGCGCGCGUCCACCACAACGGCUGCGGGACCAGUGGCGCCAGCCGAGGAUGCUGCGGAGCGAUCGGAAGGAGGUGAAGCGGCACCAGAACCGGAAGGCGUCGAGCCCACGCCGCCCUCGUUCCCAGCAAUUGUGACGACGUUGACGACUCCGGCCACCCCGACAGAACCCCUGGUGUUCGAGCAUCACGUCCUAUUCAACCACCUCGCGACAUCUUUUGUCCCAGCCAACCAGCCUUCGGUACUGAGGGAUAGUGGGCGUGACCGCCCGUCCAUCAUCACCGAGGGCCCGCGCGGCGUGUUCCUCCCGCAAGCGGGGCAUCAUAACACUGCAGAAGAGGCUCCAGCCAAUUCGGCCGUCGAAGAUCCGGUUAUCGCGCUCGUUUCGCCAUUUGAAGGUGGCGACGCGUACAUCUCACGCGCGGUACACGAGGUCGCGGGUCACCUCUCAGCUGAUGUCGUGCGUCUGGACGUUGCGCUUGGUGUGGGCUUUGACGGCCCAUACGCCCCGCUGGCUGAGACUGGCAUCACCGCGCCGCCGAUCGCGCAGGCGAGCAACCCGCUCUUCCAGACGCCACCUGCUGCAGAUCAUGGCCACCACAUGAUGGAGGAAGAGGAGGUUGGGGGUGAGGAGGAGGAGCAGAACAGCGUGCCCAACAUGGUGCGCAUCCCGCUCAUGGCCGCGAUUCCCGGCGGCUCGCCAUUCGGCAUGCCGGGACCAACUCCGCGCCGUCCUGAGAAUGAGGAGGAAUGGGUCAGUUUCUUCACGGGCCUCAUCAACUUGCAGGUGGAAGGGCAGACUGCGUCGGCGAACCGCCGCAUCAUCCUCCUCGAGUCCACGGCCGCGCUUGCCGAGACGUUUGACGUGUGGUGGCCGCACCUGCUCGAGGCUGUGCGCCGUCGUCGCCGUCCAGUGCGCAAGGGCAAGAAGAGCGCGACGCUGCAGCCGACGACGAUCGUUCUCUCCAUCCCGCCUAGCCUGCUCCUCCCUCACACCGCGUACAUGUCCGAACCUGGAGGCGAGACAGCCGCUGAAGAGGGCAAGGACCGUCUCCGCUCUGUGGUGGAGGCGCUUGGCGCGUCGGUCAACGCAAUCCACGUCGACGGUGGUGCUGACAGGGCCGAGGAGAAGCUCUGGUUCAGCAGCGAGGAGCACGACAUCGAGGGCCGGCAGCGCCGCGAGGAGCGUCGUCUGCGCGCGAUCCUCCACAAUGGUGCCGGUGCUCUUCUCCCAUUUGACGCGUCGUCUAGCCAGCAGCAGCAGCCGUCUUCGCAUCCUAUCCUGGACAUGCUCAUGGGACGCAACAAGAAGAACAAGGACGGGUCCAUGUCCGAGUCGAUUGUGUGGAAGACGCUUGCAAUCGUGCCUUCCGUGCGAGACACUACGCUCGAGCAGCACGAGCGUACUCGCCGGCGUCGCGCGCUCAAUGCCGCCAUUAUGAUGCGCGCCGUUGGUCAGCUUGGCGCGACGCUCGAGGAGCCGCUCUCAAUGCUCGAGGCGCCCGACUCGACGCCGCCUAGAGGCCGCCAGCGCCGUCUGCAACGCCUAAAGGAGCCUGACCCAGAAUGGAGCGAGCUUGUGAUCGCCUGGAAGGAUGCCGUGGACCUCGCGAGCACCGCAGUUGGCAAGGCUGCCAUCUCGGCGGAGAAGGAAAGCGACAAGCUCGUGCUCAAGUGGAAGGAUAUCCAGGAGGCGCGCGCGAUUGCGUACGAUCACGAGCGUCAGGUGACCGACACGGUCUCGCAGUACCUCGCUGCGUCGGACAUUGCGCACGCAAAGAUGCGACAGAAGCAGGCCAAGACAGACACGCCCGCUGACCCCGUUGUCGAAACGCUCAAAAAGUCCAAGGAUCUGAACAAGCACGAGAAGCGGCUGUUGUCGUGCAUCGUCGACCAGCAGAAGCUCGCCUCGUCGUCGUUCAAGGACGUGCAUCUCCCGUUCAACACCAUCGACGCAAUCCGUACGGUCAUCUCGCUCCCGCUCCUCUUCCCCGAUGCGUUCCAAGGCGGCAUUCUCAAGGACCACGUCACGUCCGGCGCCCUCCUCUUCGGCCCACCAGGCACGGGUAAGACGUUACUCGCCAGAGCGAUUGCUGCAGAGAGUGGGGCGCGCAUGCUGGCCAUCCAGCCGAGUGACGUCAACGACAUGUGGGUUGGUGAGGGCGAGAAGCUGGUCAAGGCCGUGUUCAGCAUUGCGCGCCGGCUCUCGCCGUGUGUCGUGUUCAUUGACGAAGUGGACUCGCUCUUCGGGGCUCGCAGUGCGCGUGACUCGUCGGGCGGCUCCAAGGCCCACAACCAGAUCCUCACCGAAUUCAUGCAGGAGAUGGACGGGUUGAGCUCUGCCAACGCGAACCGCGACAAGCGCGUCGUCGUGCUGGGCGCCACGAACCGGCCGUUCGACCUGGACGACGCCGUGCUCCGUCGGCUCCCACGGCGUCUCCUUGUCGACCUGCCCACCGAGGAGGACCGCAAGGCGAUCCUCAACAUCCUCCUGCGCAACGAGAAGCUGGCGUCCGACGUCGACAUUGACGCCAUCGCCAAGAAGACCGAGGGCUUCUCAGGCUCGGAUCUGAAACAUCUCUGUGUUGCCGCUGCCUUGGCAGCUGUCAAGGAGAUGGUCGUCGUUCCAUGGAAGAGCGCUUUGUCUGGGUCCUCGACGCCGGCGGCAGUGCAGACCUCGUCUACUGGUCACGGACCUGGCGCGCGCCAGGACCUGCCACUCGCGGUCGAGGAGGAGCCCGUGAACGACACACACGAGGUCAAGACGAUACCCCAAACGCCGCAGGCCAGCGCUGAAUUCGAUUUCGCGGUCGAUUUCACGGCCAACAACUCGCCGGCGGCCAAACUGGUCGAGGAAGCAUAUCUGAAGCAGCUGGAGGCGCAGGCGAAGAACGAGGCGGACACGCGGGCGGCUGAGUCUGGAACUGCCACCCCCACCCAGCCCGAGGAGAGUGAAGGCACUGAGGCGAGGACAGCGGAGGGCGCCGAGGAGGGCGAAGGAGCUUUGGAGACACCGUCUGAAACCCCGCGCCCGUCGUACGCGGACCGCGUUGUGCACGCCAAGCACUUUGACACGGCGCUCACUGAAAUCCGGCCAUCGUCGAGCGAGGAGGGUACGCUGCCCGAACUGCGCAAGUGGGCGGAGCAGUAUGGCGAGGGUGGUAAGAAGGCGGGCAAGAAGAGCGGGUUCGGCAAGGGCUUUGGCUUUGGCGAGCUGCCGCUGGAGAAGAGGAAGGGUUUCGGCCGCGUCAAGGCCGACGAAUAG